AUGGCAGCCUCAUCAUCAUUCAAAAUCUCAAACACUACAAGUGUUGAGGAACAAUUAUCCAGGUUGAGAACAUCAUCAGAGGCAACAACAACAACAUCAACAUCAUCAUCAUCAUCUUCAUUAAUAUGCAACAGAUUAAGUGGCCUUAAAGAUUUGCAUGAGAGCUUUGAUGAUUUACUUCAGUUGCAGCUACAAGCCAAACAAGCCCUAGAGACCAAGAAAACCCUAGAACAAGUACUAGAUGGAUCUCUUCGGCUACUGGAUUCAUGUGCCACCACAAGGGAUAUUUUUUCUAUGAUAAAGCAAACCCUACAAGAGCUCCAAUCAUCCCUGAGGAGAAAGAGAGGCUCUGAUCAAUCUGGCUUCGAAAAUGAAGUCAAUUCAUACAUGUUAUCCAAGAAGAAAGUGCUGACUAAAAUGAUCACCAAGUGUUUGAAGAAUGUGAUGAUGACUAAGGAUAGCAAUAAUAGUAGUUCUGAUUUGUUUUCUUUGGUUCAGGAAGCAACUUGUGAAGUGUUUCAGUCCUUGUUGGGUUUCAUUUCUCGACCAAAGAUAAGAUCAUCACCAAGGUCUUAUUUAGCUUUGAAGUUGUUUCGAUCCAGAAAGGUGGCAUGUGAAGGAGAAGUAUAUAUAUUUGCCACUCAAUUAGAGAAAAUUGAUGCAACAUUAAUGGUUCUCAAGGCCAAUAAAGACAUCAAAAUUGUACAAGUGAAACAAGUGUUGAAGGAGUUGGAGUCUUUAGAGUCCACUAUUCAAGAGUUAGAUGAGAAUCUUGAAUGUAUCUUUAGGUGUUUGAUGAAAACAAGAGUUUCUCUUCUCAACAUCUACACUCGAUAG